AUGGCGCCUACAACGAUACCCACGUCGGUAGACGAGCUACCUACGAAAGAAGAGCUGAAAGAGGAGGUCAAGGAGAAAGCAAAGGGCGCGGCCUCAGGCCUGAGGUCUCUCGCCGCAGGCGGUGUCGGAGGUAUUUGCGCCGUGAUCGUAGGCCACCCCUUUGAUCUGGUCAAGGUGCGGCUGCAGACGGCCGAGAAGGGAGUGUACAGUGGAGCGAUGGACGUGGUCAGGAAGACGGUCGCCCGCGAAGGGCUCGCGCGGGGUCUCUACGCGGGCGUGUCGGCGCCUCUGGUGGGCGUCACGCCCAUGUUCGCGGUCAGCUUCUGGGGCUACGACAUGGGCAAGAGACUGGUCGACACGUUCAGCACGGUGCCCGUCGUCAACAACACUCCGCAGUACAGCAUCGGGCAGGUGUCGGCGGCAGGCUUCUUCUCGGCCAUCCCCAUGACCCUGAUCACGGCGCCGUUCGAGCGGGUCAAGGUGCUGUUGCAAAUCCAGGGCCAGAAGCAGCUCGCGCCCGGCGAGAAACCCAAGUACAGCGGAGGCGUUGACGUCGUGAGACAGCUGUACAAGGAGGGCGGCAUCCGCUCCGUCUUUCGGGGAAGUGCCAUGACCCUGGCCCGCGACGGACCCGGCUCAGCCGCCUACUUUGCAGUGUACGAGUACGUCAAGCGCAGUCUGAGCCCGAAGGACGAGAAUGGGAACGCAACGGGUGAGCUCAGUCUGCCGGCCGUCAUGACUGCAGGCGGUGCGGCAGGUGUGGCCAUGUGGAUUCCUGUGUUCCCCGUCGACACCAUCAAAUCCAGAAUCCAAACGGCGGAAGGCCGACCGACAAUAAGUGGUGUCAUUUCAGGUGUCUAUAGGAGUGGAGGGAUCAAGGCCUUUUUCCCUGGAUUCGGACCUGCUUUGGCCAGAGCUGUGCCAGCCAACGCGGCCACUUUCGUGGGCGUGGAAUUGGCACACAAGGCCAUGAACCAAAUGUUUGGUUGA